GUUGAUGCUUCUUUUGUUCGCUUAUGUUCUUUUUUUUUCUCUCUCUCUCUUGUUUUGGGAAGUUAUCAUUUCGCUUUAAUUAUUAUGCUAUUUAGUACUCUGCCUUUGCUUUUCUCUUGAGUUCUGGAAGUUAUCAUGUCUCUGUAGAUUUUGGAACUUCUAUUCACUAUUGAAAGGGGGGGGUCAUUGUUUUUGGGGUAAAUUUUUCACUCCAUAAUAAGACUUUCCAGAGUUGCUGUAGAAUUUAGGCCAUGUCGACAUGGAGAGUGAUAAUGGAGAUAUGAAGACCAGGAUGGAAGAUUAUGAAGUUAUUGAGCAGAUUGGAAGAGGGGCAUUUGGAUCGGCUUUUCUUGUUUUCCACAAGACUGAGAAGAAGAAGUAUGUACUCAAGAAAAUUCGCUUGGCUAAGCAGACGGAGAAGUUCAAGCGUACUGCCCACCAGGAGAUGAACUUGAUUGCAAAACUAAAUAACCCAUAUAUUGUGGAGUACAAAGAUUCAUGGGUGGAUAAGGGUGAUUGUAUAUGCAUCGUUACUGGCUACUGCGAAGGAGGAGACAUGUCUGAAUUGAUUAAGAAGGCCAGAGGAACAUACUUUCCAGAGGAAAAACUUUGCAAGUGGUUGGCACAGUUGUUGCUAGCUGUGGACUAUCUGCACUCGAAUCGAGUCCUACAUAGAGAUCUUAAGUGUUCCAACAUUUUUCUUACAAAGGGCAAUGAUAUACGGCUUGGGGACUUUGGACUUGCAAAACUACUGAAUACAGAAGACCUUGCUUCGUCUGUUGUUGGAACUCCUAAUUAUAUGUGCCCUGAGCUUCUUGCGGAUAUACCCUAUGGCUACAAGUCUGACAUAUGGUCACUUGGAUGCUGUAUGUUUGAAAUUGCUGCACAUCAACCAGCGUUUAGGGCUCCGGACAUGGCUGGUCUUAUUAAUAAAAUCAACAGAUCCUCCAUAUCUCCUCUCCCAAUUGUCUAUUCCUCAACACUGAAACAGAUCAUCAAGAGCAUGCUAAGGAAGAAUCCUGAACACAGACCAACGGCUGCUGAAUUGUUGAGGCAUCCACAUUUGCAACCAUAUGUCCUUCAAUGCCGUAAUGCUUCGGCUAAUAUACUACCAAUAUAUCCGUUACCCAUCAACUCUAAGGAUAAAACGCCAAGAAAAUCACCAUCUAACAAAUUGAAUAGUAGCAAUGAAAGUCGGGCCAAACCGAGCAUAGCUUUCAACCUGCUGGAAAAUAUUGAUCUGGGGGGGAUAAGUGCUGACAUACAUAAUAGCAACUCAUCGACUGAUGAAAACAUAUUAACAGCUAUUUCAGAAGACAUACUCGAGACGAAGAUGGUUGAUCCUACAUCCUUUCCUGAUGAAAUAUCCACAUCUGAUGCUGUUGAUAGUCCGGCUGAUGUGCUAACAAGGUCUGCGUCUGCGACAUCCAUUUGCAAUGGUGAUAAACAGAAUGGCAGAAUCGGCAUUCAGUGUACGGAAGCGCCUGCCAUCAAGAUCACCUCAGAAAAUAGUCCAAAUUCUCUGCAGAUAGAAUCCCGGUCAGAAAACCUUCAACAAUUACCAGAGGUUGCCAUUAAGACCAUAAACCUGGAGAACCCAAAAAGAAGUUGCAACAAACAGAUUUCUAAUGAAACUGAAGCGAAGAGUGAUGGAACUAUUGAAGGGAACUUCAUGCAAUUAUUGAUGUCCUCUGUAGGAAGUGCUGAAACGUCUGGAUCAUCUGAUGAUAAAUGCUCACCGAACUCUGUCGAUCAACUGAAUAUCGAGGCGAGAAGCAGCAUAAACAAGGAAACCUUCAAGGGGCAUCCAGAAGUUGUUCGUAGUGACUGUAUAACAUCUGAGAAAGAAGCCACUCAAUUGGAACGGAUGUCAUCUGAGAAAGAAAGUGCACAGACAGAUUGCUUGUCAUCUGAUAAAGUAACACACGCAGAUUGUAUCUCGUCUGAGAGUACAGAUGAUAUGAUUCCAGGUAAAAAUGAUCAAGUCAAAUUGACACAAACGAUGGCGAAUGAAGACAUUCAUCUGCAUAACAGGGCAGCAAGUGAUGCAUCAGUACUAAGUACACUAACAGCAUCAGCUGGCGAAAACGAUUCGAAAAGUUCCGAAUCAGAAUAUCCAAGCCAGCGAAGAGCCGAUGCUCUCGAGUCCUUACUCGAGCUAUGUGCCCAGUUACUAAAGCAGGACAAACUUGAAGAACUUGCUGGUGUGCUGAGUCCAUUUGGGGAAGAAGCUGUCUCUUCAAGAGAGACUGCGAUUUGGUUGACAAAGAGCCUCAUGUCGUCGCACAACUCUAAUGGGGGAUCUUAGCAUCCUAAGAUUUUCAAGAAAAAAGGAAAAAAAAAGAGAGAAAGUUUGCAUAUUUGUACAAUAAAUUUAUUUGCAUCAUUUUCUUUCUGGUGCUCUUUGUUUGAUAAGGAUGUGAAAGUAUUUUAUUUGUUGAAAGUUUGACUUAACAUUUGCCUUUAAUGGAAUAGAAACAAGACAAUUGCAUGAUCAUUUCAUUUCAUUCAAAGGUUUUUUUUUCUUUUUUUCCUUUUUUUCCCUUGCAAAAAGGUAAGGGGUCAAUUUAUUACAUCAUGUAUCCAAAAUUGGCAAAAAGAAAAAAAAUGCAAAAAGAAGAAACCCCAUUUGAAGAAGAAUCACCACAUUGAUUUAUUUGCUCCCUUCCUCCUUCAAGUUUGUUUCCUACUUGAAGAACUCAGUUACUGAAGGCAAUAGGCAAUAAGAGAGGCAGCAGAUGCACCUAUCAAAGCCCCGACGCCGGGCAAGGUAGCGGAACUUGCGCUGGUCGGGCCGGGUGCCGGGGACCCGGCUUCUUUGGCAGCCAAAACCGCACCGGGUGCCGGGGACACCACUUCGUUGGCGGCCAAAACCAUGCUCAGGGAGGCAGCAGCAGCAACUAAGGCAGCCAAGGCGAUCUUCUUCAUUUCCAUGGUGAAAAAGGAGGGGUAAAAUAAAAUAGAAUUUAGAGAAAGACCUGCUUGAGAAGAUGAGGAAAAAAAAGAAAA